AUGCUCUGUUUUUUUUUUUUUUUUGUUUCUCCCUUUCAGUCGUCGGUGAGUCCUAGACAGCCCGCUCCAAGAAGGGCCCUGGGCCUUGGGCCUUGCGUCUCUAAGCCGAGCACCCCAAGAUUUGAUGCUCUCUGCCAGGACAGCGACGGUUCUCACAUCAAAGGGCUCUUGAUCAACCUGAUCCAUGCCUGGUGGCCCUCCCUCGCGCGGCUGCCGGGCUUCCUCAAGGAGUUCUUCACGCCGAUCGUCAAAGCAAGGAAAGGCCGCAGCGAGACCUGCUUCUACACGCUUCCGGAGUACGAGGCUUGGAAGAAGGAGACCGAGAACGGAAAGGGCUUCAAGAUCAAAUACUACAAAGGUCUUGGCACGAGCACAUCGAAGGAGGCGAAGGAGUACUUUAGCGCCCUUGAGUCGCACAAGAUGCGAUACCGGUAUGAUGGUGUUGAAGACGACCGAGCCAUCGAUCUCGCCUUCAAUAAGAGGCGAGCAGAUGACAGAAAGGCGUGGAUCAACGCUUACGAGGAAGGACGCUUGGUGGACCACACGCAGCAGGAGGUGAGCUACAAGGACUUCGUGGACAAGGAGCUGGUGCUCUUUGCCAAAGCCAACGUGACACGUGCCAUUCCCUCCAUGGUGGAUGGUUUCAAGCCGAGCCAGAGAAAGGUCCUUUUCGGCUGCUUCAAGCGCAAGCUGCGAAGCGACGUCAAGGUGGCCCAGCUCGUGGGCUAUGUGUCGGAGCAAGCGGCGUAUCAUCACGGAGAGAUGGCCUUGUCGGAGACCAUCGUCGGCAUGGCGCAGGAUUUUGUUGGGUCCAACAACAUCAACCUGCUCGUUCCGCAAGGACAGUUUGGCACACGAUUGCAGGGCGGCAAGGACUCGGCUUCCGCACGAUACAUCUACACGCGCCUGGCGCCGAUCACACGUUUCUUAUUCCCGGCCUCUGACGAUCCUGUGUUGGAGUAUUUGAGCGAGGACGGCAUGUCCAUCGAACCUCGCUGGUACUGUCCAGUCAUCCCCAUGGUCUUGGUGAAUGGUGUCGAAGGGAUCGGCACGGGCUGGAGUUCGUCGGUGCCGAAUUUCAACCCACGUGACAUCAUCGAGAAUCUCAGGAGGUGGCUCAAAAAGCAAGAGCUUAAGGAGAUGACGCCGUGGUUUGCAGGUUUCACCGGCAGCAUCUCGAAAUCGCGAGAAGAAGGCAAGUGGGAGGUCACGGGCAACAUCAGGAACCUCGGGGAAGGCAAAGCCGAAAUCACCGAGCUGCCGGUGAAGCGAUGGACACAGGACUAUCGAGAAAUCCUGGAAGAGAACCUUCCAAAAGGGGAGAAGAAGCGGGAGGGGCCAAAGCUCCUAGAAGACUACCAAGAGUACCAUAGUGAGAAGUCCGUGCAUUUUGAGUUGUCUUUGAGCUCAGAGGGCCAGCUCCACGCGGACAAGGACAAUCUGGAGAAGGUCUUCAAGCUUCGCUCGUCCAUCAGCAUGAACAACAUGAUGCUCUUCGAUGCUGACGGCAAGAUCAAGAAGUACGACACUCCAAAAGACAUCCUGCAAGACUUCGCGCACGUCCGGUUAAAGAUCUACGAGACGCGCAAGGCGUACCUGUUGGCGCGGCUCACCCGCGAAUGUGAGGUGUUGAGCGCCAAGGCGCGCUUUGUGAAGCUGGUCAUCGAGGGGAGAAUCGUGAUCCGAAAGCGGAAGAUCGCUGACUUGGCCCAGGACCUCCGGAAGCAUGGCUUCAAAGCGCUUCGCGACCUCCAAGGCGAGCAGUCUGAGGAGAAGGAGGACUUGCUUGCAAUGCCUGUUUCGUGUGCCAUUCUGUCAGAGAACAUCCGCGAGUUGCGCAGCUGUGAUGCCUCGCAGCGUGGUCUCGGGCAAAGUUGUCUUCAGGCGCUGUUGUGA